GCAGGUGUGUUAGUUUUAAAAUGUCGGCGGUCAUGUCUCCACGACGUAUUUUUGUGAUUUUAGUGAUUUUGUGUGGUUUGGAAUGUUGUUCUGGACAAAGAGCUGGGUCGGGAACUGUGUUGAGUAUUCUACAACAAAAUAAUGGACUUGGAAAGUUUGCGUCUCUGAUAGCCCGAGCGGACCUUACGUACCUGUACAAUUCCAGUGGCCAGUUCACCGUGUUUGCCCCGAACAACACCGCAUUUGAGAGCAUAUCGUACGAUGAACGAAGUGAAAUCGACAGCUGGCCUGACAGGUCACCACAACUUCAAAACUUCGUCAAGUUUCACACGUUGAUAAACAACAGGCUGACCACAGGAGAUAUGCAGGACAAUCAGGCGUACCAGAGUAUGGCGUCCAAUGGGGAAAGAAUCUUCAUCAACCGUCGCCAGCGGACCAGCUCAUUCGCGAGUUCGUAUUUUGGCCCCACUGUGUACUUCGUAAACGGAGCAGAAAUCUCCAAUGACCAGAAGGACCUGAUCGCUACCAAUGGUGUGGUCCAAGGGCUUUCACGCUUCAUCGGCAUCUCUAGUAUAAAGAUGGCAUAUGGCUACAUAUCGGAUCCUGAUAAUCCGAAAGUGCAAACAAGCAUGUUUUACAAUCUGAUCUCACGAUAUCUACAGGAGGGUUACUACAGCACACUGAACGAGCUCUCUAACCGCGACAAAAAGGUCACACUUUUUGUUCCUAAUGAUGAAGCCAUGGCCAAAAUACCAUCAUCCAAACUUAGUUAUCUCCAGCAGAACCCUCGGAUAUUAAACAAUGUCCUUAAGGCUCAUAUCAUCCCGGACCGAGUGUUAUUUACGCAGUAUGUCAAUCAUAACGAGGGAUUCCGUGGCCACCUCGGUCGAUUGAUCAGAUUCCGAAGACCUUAUGGAGACCAAGUGUACGUAAACAGUGAAGGAGUUGAUGCGUCCAUUGUGCGAGGAAACAUUACGGUAUACAACGGUGUCAUUCACGUCGUCGACCACCUCCUCGGUUAUGUAUACAACUCUGUUCGUGAAACCAUCACUCAGGAGUCACCUGACUUUAACCAGUACCUUAACAAGGCCCAGCCGGAUACCAGAAACGCCCUUGUACAGGCUUCUGGAGUCAACGUGUUUGUCCCCAUUGACAACGCCUUCAUCAAAUUACAGGGAGUACCAGGGGUCAACCUCGUCUCAGACCUGUCUCAGGUAGACAAGAUGAUUCGCUUCCACAUCCUUAAAUCGUACCAAGAUAUUGAGAUCUCCGCUAUCGUUGGAGGUUACGAGAGCCGACAGUACCGACAAACUAUGUACGAUGGCUGGAAUGUCACUGUGUACAACGAUAGGAACGAGAGCUGGGUCCAAGGAGGAUAUGUUAAAGCACGUGUUGUUCGCCCUGAUUUGAAAGCGAUCAACGGGAGAGUCCACCUUAUUGACUCCAUCUUGGGUAUUCCUUAUUUGGACUUACCCAUGUUAAUAUGCGAUGAUCUUUGGCUGCUGAGAACAUACGAUUACAUCCGUUCUGUAGGAAUGAAGAAUUACUUGACAGAUGAUCGCUUCACCGCAAAACGUUGCAACUUUGAGCUCUACGGCUACCCUCCUGGUUACGAUUACGCUAGCAACUCCUACGACAACAGUAACAACAAUUACGGAAACAAUUAUCAGCAGACGACAUUCAACCCGUACAGCCAGCAGUCUAACAGUUACAACCCCAGUAACCAGGUGUCCCAGUAUGACAUGGGGACGUGCUCUGGCUGUACGUUUACUUUCUUCGUGCCUAAUUCCACAGCAAUAGACUACUUCCAGAAGACAAGUAUUGGAAUGAAGAUUAUGAGGGACACACAGAGACUUCAAUAUCUAUUCAAGAGACUGUUGUUUGAAGGACGACAAAUCUCCUUGCAGAGGUUAUCCAACACAAACCAUAUCUUUACAGCUAAGACGGGCGAGUCUAUUCGUAUACUUAAGUCUAUGGACAGAGAUGUUAAGAUCCAGUUCAGUGGUGUAACAGCCAACGUCAUCAGCAUGGAUAUCGGCGCCACAAAUGGUCUCAUACACAUCAUUGAUCGUCUGUUGUACGUCCAGGAAGACUUGACUCGCGACGUUUCACGGGGCGCUGAUGUCAGAUACAGCCUCCUUGUCAUCGUAACCAUGGCUAUUGGAAGUAUUUUCGUCAUCAAGAACAGGAUGUUCUAACACUUAAUAUUUUUUAUAUUUUUUUAAGACAUAAAUCAGUAUUGUUAGAUAUAUUAAGCUAGUGAUAUGAUAUCUAUAUUGUAAAGUGAAAGAGAUUUACUUUGUAUUUGUGUAAAAAUAAUCCCCCUUUUGUACUCUAUAUGAAUUAACUUCCUGUGCACUGAUUUUAUUAAUUUCUCCUAAAUAGCAAAGACCUUAACACAGGGCUUAUUGGCAGACAAAUACAGUCAUAGAUGUAUAGUGUGACGUGUACAUAGUGAUAUGUAUAUUGUGAGGUGUAUAUAGUGAUAUAUGUAUAGUGUGAAGUGUACAUAGUGAUAUGUAUAGUGUGAGGUGUACAUGGUGAUAUAUGUAUAGUGUGAAGUGUACAUGGUGAUAUAUGAAUAGUGUGAGGUGUACAUGGUGAUAUAUGUAUAGUGUGAGGUGUACAUGGUGAUAUAUGUAUAGUGUGAGGUGUACAUGGUGAUAUAUGUAUAGUGUG